UAAACGCUCUCCUAAAUUCAUUUUGUGCUUCUCGAAGCCUAGCCAAAAAUCACACAAUUCAGUUGAUGUUUUCAAGUCAACAAGUGAAGGUUCUUGAGUGAAAUGAAUCGGCAUAACCUGAGUACGUACGGCAUCGAGAGAACCCGCGAACAGGUGGAUACUGACUUCCCAUCGUGGUUCAUAAACGUACAGGACCCAUUCGAGCUAUACCGAGCUCAACCGAGCUACAUCUGGUGUCAGGCUUCAUUCUUGUUGGGCGCUUUACUUUGCAUAGUUCACGCAUUCAAACGAGGAGGACGAUGGCCGUAUCUGUUUCUCGGUGCGCUUUGCCAUGGAAUGUUUGUCGAGUUAAUUACAUACAAUGUGCCUAGUAUUGAUAAUUUUUGGCACUCUAAAACGCCGAUUGAUUUCUUCGGUCAUAGAUUACCGCUGUAUAUUAUCUUUCUAUAUCCCGUAUUUUACUACCAGGCGCACUGGGCCGUAUCGAAACUGCACUUGAAAUGUCGUUGGUCGGAGCAUAUAGCAGCAGGCCUACUGGUAGUGCUUAUCGAUUUACCGUACGACAUCGUUAGCGUAAAAUUUGUACACUGGACGUGGCACGACACUGAUCCGAACAUCGCCGAUCGGCACUAUUGGGUCCCAUGGAACUCGUACUAUUUCCAUGCCACCUUCGCUUUUGCGUUCUCCUACUUCUUUCACAAUGUGCGCAAAUGGAUCGACCGUAGAAAGUUGGACCGCUGGCAGGCCGGAUCGGUGAAAGCCGAGUUGGCCGCUGUAGCAGUGGCUGCGCUGCUAUCAUUUCCUGGCGGGGCAUUAUUGUUCAUUCCGCUGUAUCAUCCGUUCCACGAUUUUUACAACGUACCAGGAGAGGUGACAGCCGUUACACUGCUCUUCGUAUUUCUGACAAUACUUUGGAAGUUUGAUCGGAAAAGUAAUCGAAGACUACCGGAGAGCUUGGACGCAAUGGGCCGUGCCUUGAUGCUUCAUUUGGUAAUUCACUACUCUGUGUUUUUCGCAAUGAUUGUCUUCUUGAAUCCAGAGAACGUGGUUGCAGCUGGCCUGCAUGAACCAAUUGGUGAUUGCGAUGCUAAAACUCCCGUUCACACCGUUCUGAAGAUGUUGGAGAAACGAACAUAUCUUUGCGCGAAUGAUUACGAUGAAAAAUACUUUGACUUCCAUUGCUUAGAACGGCAGCCCAAACAAGGUGCUUAUUGGUAUACGAUCUGUGGGACACCAUUCGAAAAUCGAGCGGAAUAUUUUUUGGUGAUAUCGCUGAUCAGUUUCGUCGCGGCAAUGGUUUUCCGUACCAUACACUUCGACUAUGAUAUUCGUUUCGAUGUGUAUGAUCUGGUUCGUAAAGACAAAAAAGGACAUUCGGCAAAGGAAAACAAAAAAACCAAAUGAUCACGCUUAACUUACAUGUAGCUUAGACCAGUUUUUGAAUUAAAUGACAAUAAUUUCCUCUUAGGCGAAAAUAAAAUAAACAAUUACACCCAGCACAACAA